GAAACUGUCCGUCACAGAAACCUUUCCCCCUUUUCCGCGUGCAGAGGAUUGUCGGUGUUUUUCCAAAGAAGAGCGGUCCGAUAUUUAUUGCUGUGAUGGCUUCUACUGCGGGUACUUUGGAUUCUCCUGUCAAACAGAUCCAAAUUGAGGGCUUGGUGGUUCUUAAGAUCAUCAAGCACUACCAGGAAGAGGGCCAGGGCAGUGAGGUGGUUCAAGGUGUCUUAUUAGGCCUUGUGGUUGAAGAUCGGCUGGAGAUCACCAACUGUUUCCCCUUCCCACAGCACACUGAGGAUGAUGCAGACUUUGAUGAAGUCCAGUACCAGAUGGAGAUGAUGCGUUCUCUACGUCAUGUUAACAUCGACCAUCUGCAUGUGGGAUGGUACCAAUCCACCUACUACGGUUCCUUCGUCAGCAGGGCGCUCCUCGACUCCCAGUUCAGCUACCAGCAUGCCAUUGAAGAGUCCGUUGUGCUCAUCUAUGACCCUAUAAAGACCGCCCAAGGCUCCCUGUCCCUCAAGGCUUACAGGCUCACCCCUAAACUCAUGGAGAUCUGCAAAGAGAAAGAUUUCACCCCUGAAGCAUUGAAGAAGGCUAACAUUGGCUUCGAGCACAUGUUCGAGGAGGUGCCUAUUGUUAUCAAAAACUCUCACCUCAUCAACGUCCUGAUGUCGGAGCUGGAGGACAAGUCCACAGUUGCCAACAAACAUGAACUGCUCAACCUAUCAAGCAGUAACCAUUUGGAGAAAAGCCUUCAGCUGCUGAUGGACAGAGUGGAUGACAUGAGCCAAGACAUCGUCAAAUAUAAUACCUACAGCCGCAAUCUGAGUAAACAGCAGCAGCAGAAGCACCAGUACCUCCAGAGGCGGCAGCAGGAGAAUGCUCAGCGGCAGAGUCGAGGAGAGCCAGCGUUGCCUGAAGAGGACCUGACCAAAAUGUUCAAGCCCCCUCAGCCUCCACCUCGCAUGGACACACUCCUAAUUGCAGGGCAAAUCAACAACUAUUGCCAGAACGUGAAGGAAUUCACCUCGCAGAACCUUGGGAAGUUGUUCAUGGCGGAGGCUCUCCAAGGCCACAACUAGACGAAAGGAAAAAUACAUAAAAACAAAACUAACUAGACAACUGAAGUGCUCUCUUGUUUAUUUCCUGCUAAUCUAUUCAUUGUUUCACACCGCUUUGCAUAUAAAAGUCAAGCAGACCUUUAAUUUUCCCUGUAAGUUUUUCAUCAUUAAAAACAAAAUUGGGCAACUUCA